AUGAAAGAAAAAAGCGAUAUUGGUGCAAAUAAAAGGCUAGCGACACGCUGGCGUGUUUUCGUUUUGGCACUUAUAGCAUGUGGCAUUCUAAGCUGGCUAUCUUUUCCUUUGCAUUGCCCUGGUAGGGAGUUACCUGAUCAAAAACGAACCCCUGGCACAUUUAAACUCAAGACAAUAUACAGGCAUGCGGCUAAUGGGCCUCACGCAGCGCAGCAAAAACUAGACAUUACACCACAACUUUUGGAGAAAGGUCGGGCAGAAUAUGCUGAACACUUGAGUAUCAAGCAAGAAGGCGAUGACGAGCUAUGGACAAGUAAUGAACUCUAUGCCACGAAUAAUCCAUUAGACUUUGAAUUCAAACUCAAAGUGGAACCGAUUCGCAUGACAAGAAUGAUGUACAGAAGUCCUGAAUUUGUUGAAUCGUAUUUAGAUUUUGCGCUCGAAAAUCCCGAUAUGGCUGCGAAGGUUGAUCUGGAUUGGGUCAACGACAUAGUAUUGGCGCCUAAUAUCAGCGAUAAAGACACGAUUUUGAGUUUAGCUUUGAUGUCAUCCAAUGCUUAUGUGAGGUUACCACACACCGGUGACUGGAGAAACGUCACAGAGCCAUGGCAUAAUUCUGGCGGAGAUGGCCACGGCUGGGACGGGGAUGGUAUCAGAGGUCAUAUUUUUGUCAACGAAGUUGAAGACGUAGUCGUCAUCUCCAUUAAAGGCACAAGCGCACAGGGACUAGCAGGAUCUGGUGAAGAUGACACAACUGGAAACGAUAAGGUAAACGACAACCUGUUGUUUUCUUGUUGUUGUGCGCGCGUCAGCUAUCUAUGGACGACAGUUUGCGAUUGCUUUGUAAAAUCUUACACAUGUGAUGAAACAUGUUUAGAACGUGAGUUAAGGAGGAAAGAUAGAUAUUACUCAGCUGUGCUGGAUGUCUACAAGCAGGUCCUCAAAGACUAUCCAUCUUCAACAAUCUGGGUGACUGGCCACUCUCUCGGAGGAGCUAUGGCUAGCUUUCUGGGUCGCACAUAUGGAUUGCCAACAGUGACUUUUGAGGCACCGGGAGAACUACUAGCAACAAGAAGAUUGCACUUGCCGAUGCCGCCGGGAUUGCCUGCUUACUUGGAGGGCGUAUGGCAUUUUGGUCAUACAGCAGACCCAAUUUAUAUUGGAACCUGCAAUGGUGCCAGUUCAUCAUGUUCUAUCGCAGGUUAUGCUUUCGAAACUUCUUGCCAUUCGGGAAAAGUAUGCACAUAUGAUGUCGUCAACGACAAAGGAUGGCACGUUAAUAUGCUCAACCACAGAAUCCACACGGUAAUUGAUAAUGUGUUGAGUGCUUAUGAUAAAGUGGCAAAGUGUAAACCCCCCGAACCAUGUCACGAUUGUUAUAAUUGGAACUAUAUUCAGGGCAGAGACACAAGCACUAAGAUCCAAACGGAGACGAAGACAAGCAAGUCUAAGACUAAGACCAAGACUAAGGAUCUACCGACAUCAACAUUAACCAGUGUGACUUCGACCACCGAUUUUACUACUCCAGAACCCACAGCCUCCAGCUGCAUAGGGCGCAAUUGGUUUGGAAUAUGUACCAGAUACGGAUUAUAG